CAAGAGUUUUCUAAAUAUUCUGAAAGCACAGCAAAAGUCCAUUGUUUACAAAUCAACAACAGUCUAUGAUGAUUACAUGGCUAUGUCAAUGGGAAAAUUAGAUAAAAAGACAGUGCUACCCAUAAUGGGAAAGAAAAACAAGCAAAGGCUACCGGUAAACACCAACGGGAAGCUUCUGCAGAUACUGGUUUGCUCAGUUUCAAAGGAUUUUUUUUUGUUCUUUUAAAAUAGUUUCAGGAUAAAUAACUUGUAGCAGCUGGUCAUCAAAUUCACAUACACUCAUGGAAGGCCCACACCACCAAGACUGACUAUGAAUAAUACAUCAGCUCUCAGGGGAGGACUGGGUUGGUCUGCUGCUCCUUCGCAGUGUUCUCCUUCUGCCAUUUGACAAUAGCAAGAUGAAGCCAGACACCAUGUGGGAUGGUGUGUGGUUACAGCCACAGACACUGCAUUCAUGAGCACUCCACAUUUCUGAGAUAGAGUUAGCGGAUAAGGACUACCAGAGCAUAAUCAAAUGCAGUCAUAGCAGUGGGAGCCUUGUAUCACAUUACCUUUGAAAAUAUUUUAAUCUAGAAACACCAUACAUUGGAUACAAAAUCCAUGACUACCUGACCUAUCCCAGGCGUGGUCUGGGAUAUACUAUUCCAAGAUAUCUCCUAUUUGCUUUGGGUAAAUAGAAAUCUUGAGCUAGGAAUAGAGAAAGUUUGAAAAUUAAAACAGAGUCUAAGUAUUUUUGAAUGCUUUUAAAAGACAACGAAAAAUGACAAGCUUAGAUCACAUCAGAGGCUCCUCAUGUAGUCUUCAAAGCUGAUUUCUUACAGUCAAAGGGACCCAGACGUGGCAUGAUUUUGAAGCUCAGACUUUGUUCUAUUAUUCAAUUGCAGCCAACUUUCAACUAUUGAGGAAAGAAGAAAGACGGUUUAGAAUAACAGGAUUGCUCGUCUGUAUUGCAAGAUCCUUCAAGCAGCUCACUACUUGAUGUCUAGAGAUCCCAGGAUGGAGAUGAGGACACACAGUGAAGACAAUUAAUGAAAACCAGAAGACCUAUUGCUAUAAUUAAGAACAUCAAGAUCAGGAGCAACUGAUAAAGGAGGUCAGGCUGCACAUACAUGGACAAAGCCUAUUUCCUGGAAGACACAACUUCUAAGCAACAGGAGGAUUUGCCUUAUGAUGAGGGUUUCUCCCAAGUUAAGAUAUACCAUGGUUAUAAUCUUACCUCAAGAUAUGACAUCCUUGAGGUCUCAAAUCAAAUGAAUUUAACAGAAGAUGAGUCUCAAGAAAAGGCUACAUAUAGAGAGACUUGCCAAGAGGCAGAUAUGACCAUGACUUUGGAUAAAAUGACUGAAAAUGCUGUCAGCAAAACAUGUGAUAAAGAGAAUCAAUGCGCCAUAUAUCUUCCUAUUUCAGCUAAUCAGGAAGACGCUUCAAAGUCAAACAUUUCUGAUAUUUUACUCCAUCACCUUUGCAAAGAAGAAUUCUCCAAAGAUCAAGGCAUUAAUUGUGAAACUCUCCCAGAGAUCUCUAAUAAUGACAGCUUUGAUGAAGCUAUUAUUAAAAAUAUCAUUGUGUGGCACGUUAAGAAUUCUUGGCCGACAGAACAAUCCUCAGAACUCACUGACCUACUCAACUCCAAAAGCGAUGAUGAAAAUAGCAAUAAGCCCAGUUGUUUUCUGACCAAGACAGAAGAAAACACUUCUGAUUCAGAUGAGUCAGUGGCUGCUGGAGAAAGCAACCAUGAGGAAAAUUCAAAUUUUCUAUCUAAAAUCAAGAGUCUAUGUGAUAAACAAAAAAGUUGCCUAUGGCAGACACCUCAGAAACAGGCUGAAAAAGCAAGCUCUGGCAACAAGUUCAAAUAUGGCCAUAGUCAGGUUUAUUACUGGUUCUCUAAUUUCUCUAAGGUUGCUUCCAGAGUGAAGAUUCCUAAAAAUUACACGAUUGACAAACCACUUAUAACAGAUCCACAAGCCAGCUUUUCUCCUAAAUUGAGAGAUAAGUCAGCUGUUGGGCAAGAUAUUUCAGAAAGCACAUCUAGAUCAAAUUAUGUUGAAAAACAAGAGCAGAAGUGGGAAAUUACUCAACCUUCACAGCCAGUAGAGAUGGAGCCCACAGUACAUAUCCACCAAGAACAUCUCGCAGGAAUAGAAUCUGAGCCAAGUCUCUCUAACUUGCCAUCGACUUCUCAGGAAGACCCUUCCUUGAGUUCUUCUUACAUAUUUCAAAAGAUAUCCCAGGGGAAGCAGAUGUGUCAGAAGUUAAAAGAACAGACUGAUCAACUGAAGGCUAAAGUACAAGAAUUUUCCAAAUGCAUAGCACAGGAUUCUCCCUAUCAUUUUCAACACAGAAGGCUGGUCCUGGAGAAAUUGCAGGGACGCCUCAAACUGCUGGAGCAGGAGUUUCUGGCCAACAAGGAGAAGCACUUGACAUUGGAGGAGCAAGUCCACAAGCACGAAUCCCCAGCUGUCAAGAACUUUGAUCCAGAAAGAAAAAUAGAAGGUGAAAUCUUCAAGUUGGAGAUGCUACUUAAAGAUUUUAAAGAGAAAAUUAAUAAAAGCAAACGUACUUCAGCUGUCUCUCUUCCUGUGAAUUCUCCAAUCAACCUGGAUGACUUGUCAUUCACAUCCUCUCCACCCUUAAAUGAGAGUUCCCUUCAGCACGGUGUGAACGAGCCUCGUGAGGCAGCCCAGCCUCCUGGUCAGCGCUCCAUGAGGAGAAACCUUCCUGAGGCACCUGUUCUAGAUCAGGGCUUGUCUCCAACUGCAGCGUGUAGGGGACUCACCUGCGGGUCUUACUGCAAUGCUGGCUUUGAUUCACCAGGUCUAGGGAGCCACCCCUACUUUUUAAAUGAACAAGAACAUUUUCAAGAGAUAAUUCCUGAUGCAGAGGAAGGUGUGGCCAAGCAAGCUGCCCAUGUUGUUGGCAGCAUGCAGUUCGUGCAGCUUUGGUGGAAAGCAAUCAGGCCACAAGGAAGGAAGUCAAGGCAGGGUGGAAUCUUCCUUUCUGUAAGCCCUAGGCCAUUACAGCACAGAAACCCCGCCCCCUCCUCCCCCAACUCUCGCUCAAGCCAGAAAGCAGAGCGGAGGCGUCCUGCGAUGGAGGAGCCCAGCACCGCCUCGGGGAGGCAGGACCGUGCAGAGACGACCAGUGCAAGCUGUGCCUUCUGCCUGCGCGUACUUCAGUGGAAGCAAAAAAUGGAGAAAAAAGAUCACAGAGGAAUUGACUGUGGAAGGUUUCCUAUUGCCAUUCAAGACAAGAUGCUGCACCCAGAUUCAGUGCUCGGUUCUGAUACAGGAUAUAGCUGCUGUUCUGCAUCUCGGAUUGGACUGCAGAGCAAAUUUCAUUAUAGAUACAACACCCCAGGACAGAAUUUCUUUAAUCAUACAGAAAGAAGUGCCUUUGCUCAGCUCCGCUAUUUAAAUGAAAAUAAUUCUUCACCGACUCAUUCAAAACCAAAAUGGAUCUGUUUCCAAAGAGCAAAUCCAAAGUACUCUAAUGACGGAUGUGAACCCAUACCAAGGAAGUCAGACCUUGCUACACUCUCCCCCCAUUCCCACUCCUGCAGGAUUUCUGAAAACACAUCCUCCAGCAACUUUAGCAGUAACAAAGAAACGGAAUCUGAGAUUUUAAACUCGUCUUUGGAUCAUGCCCUAAGGACAGCAACCAUUCUGAAACAAACUACUGAUCAAAUGAUUAGAACUAUUGCAGAAGAUCUUGCCAAAGUACAAAGAUGGAGGAAAAAGUUGAAAUACUAGUUUGACUCAAGGCAACCAAGGAUUAAAAAAAAAAUGCAGAGAAAA